AGAUCAGAACUAAAAUGAGCGGCAGAGGUAAAACCGGCGGUAAGGCGAGAGCGAAGGCCAAGACUCGCUCAUCCAGAGCUGGACUGCAGUUCCCCGUCGGUCGUGUUCACAGACUUCUCCGUAAAGGCAACUAUGCUGAGCGUGUCGGUGCCGGUGCUCCCGUCUAUCUGGCCGCAGUGCUCGAGUAUCUGACCGCUGAGAUCCUGGAGUUGGCCGGAAACGCCGCUCGUGACAACAAGAAGACUCGCAUCAUUCCCCGUCAUUUGCAGCUGGCGGUGCGCAAUGACGAGGAGCUGAACAAACUUCUGGGCGGUGUGACCAUCGCUCAGGGCGGCGUGCUGCCCAACAUCCAGGCUGUGCUGUUGCCCAAGAAGACCGAGAAGCCCGCCAAGACCAAAUAAACGAACACA